CAAGUUGUGAAGAGCUUGGACAAAUUGUCAGAUUCUGAACUGUCUACUAUAAGGGAGCAGCUGGUCAGUGAAUUCUUACCUGAUGAUGUGUGUCCACUGGGAGCCCAGUUGUUCAUGGAUGCUCUGCAAAAGUUAUAUCAGGUUGAUUUGAGCAAUAGUGAAGCUAUUAAGGAGAAUUCUCUUCAUUCAUUUUUUCUUUUUUUCCGCUUUUCUUUGUUGGUAGGGAAGAUCCUAUGUCUUGUGUGUGAGGGUGGCAACUAUUACAUAAGCGUUGAGCAAGAAAGAUGGGAGUCAAUCAACUUAUUUAUCUAAAAAGUUUUCUUAAUGCUUGGGACUCAUAAUUUUAUUCUUGUUAUGCAGGAUGCUCCAAUAUUUUCUUUGGAUGAUGAUUCUUUUCCAGGUUCAUUUGAUAGCCAAAAGAACAACUCUGCGAAUCUUCCUGAUCUUUUGAGUGUCAAUCAACUUAUGGAAUCAGUCCUGGAGACAGCACAUCAAGUUGGAAGGUUGUCAAUCUCAAAUGCACCUGAUGUGCCUUACAAGGAAAUGGCCGGCCACUGUGAGGCACUCCUGAUAGGAAAGCAACAGAAGAUGUCCAGUUUGAUGAAUUUCCAACAGAACCAGGGAUAUUUGAUGAACCUAUCUUUACAUAAUCGUAACGAUGAUGUGAAAUGGAUGACGUCCGAUUUCCAAGCUGAUGCCGGUUCCCAUAAGAGCGGUAAUCCUUUUGCUGAUCAGACUGCCACUUCAUACAUACCACCCCAAACCCCAGGCUGUGUCCCAAUGAUGUGUGCAACUGAGUACCAGCAACAUCCCUACUCCUUCAGACUACCGGCAUCAAGUCCAUAUGAUAACUUCCUAAAAGCUGCAGGCUGCUGAUGAAAGGAAAUUUUUGGUAAUCCAGUGAAUUUAAAAUGCUCAAGGGUUACCGGCUUUAGGUAAUUUUUUUUUAUAGCUUUUCCUUCUUCUUUUAGGCUUUGUUACUUAAGGAAGAGAUUGUUGUCACCAAACAUCCACCGAGUUUUUAACCCUUUUCGUUUCCAAUUCCUUCAUUCUUUUCAUUUUCCCAACAUUUAGUAGUUGACUGUACCAUUGGUCUUAUGAAGUUCUCGUAGCCUUGUAGACUUUCUCGUUACUGAUUCGAUCGGUUUUGAUAUAUAAAAUUUCAUUUAUUUGUUACUUUCAA